CUUCUAUUCUAAGUUUCGAAGUUGACACCAUUUAUUAAUCUCUAAUAGAGGUCCAUGUUAUCGUCUAGGAUAGCAUAAAGCAUCUAAUGGUAUCUCUAAAUAAUGGUCUGAAUGUGAGUGAUGUAUUGAGAAAUAUGCCAUCAUAUACAUUCAUCAAGACUAUAGAAUUGUUAGAAUCAAUAGUAAAGUAGUUUGAAUAUGACAAAAUCUAAUCAGAAUUGGAGGAGGAGAGUGAACCAGGGAAACCUUAGUAUGAUUAAUGGAGAAGAUAAAAUGCUUAAUUAUUGAAAGAGUUUAUAAGAAUACCAGAGAAUAAGAUUGAAGUAUUAGUAGAAGAAUAGUAUGAAGAGAAACGUCCUUGUUGGGAUGAGUUUUAACCUGAAAUAGUAUAAACAUAAUAAGAGCCAGAGAGUGAUUUAUAUGAUGAUCAUCUUAGAGGUCAAUUAUCAUAUAGAGAGAAAAUGAGAAAGGAAUUUUAAGACAAUUUAGCAUAGAUAGAGAAAGAGAAAUAAGAAGAGAGAAGAAAAAUAAGAGUUUUAGUUGAUGGUUAACCAGAUAAGGUAACUUAUGAUGUUGAUGGUAAAAUAAUACUAAAAGCUAAAAGAGUAUAAUUAGCACCUGUAAGAAAGAUUGAAGGAUAAUAAAUGAAAGAAUCAGCUCCAUCUUAAACAGAAGAAUUAACAGUUAUUAAACCUAAGAGACCAGCAUUUUUAAAACCUAAAUUAAAGGUGUUUAAAGUAUAACCAAGUAUUGAAAAUGGAGAAGCAUUAAAAAUUAUAGCAUAAUAAGAGAGAAAUCAUAUCCAAGAAUUUAUGGAUAUUUUAGAAUUAAAACCUGGAGUAUUUUUAGAACUUGAACAUUAUGAAAAAGGACAUAGAAAUAAACAUACAUAAGCAUAAGAUUUACCAUACAGAAUAUAAAAUAAGAUGGAUUAAUAUUUAGCAUCUGAAUAAUCAUAAUCUAUUCGUUUAUCUAAAGAAGAGUAUUCAAGUAUUACAAUGAAUAAUAGUAUUUUGAGAGGAUCUUAUGAAUAAUCAUAUUUAAAAAAGAAAUCAGGAGGAUAAAGAUAAAAUACAACUUAAAAGACUAAAUAAAGUGAUUAUGAUGAUACAAUACCUAAAAAUGGUAUAGUAAAAGUUAAUGAUAUUGGCAAAUUUUAUGACCUAUUAAUAAAAGAUUCAGAAAUUAUAGAGGAGAAUACUUAAUCAUAAUUUCCUAAUAUUAUAAUGGAUAAUAAAUAAAGUAGUCUUAGUAUUUAAGAAUUAAAAUCACCAUUAAAAUCGGAAUUACCAUCUAUACCUGCUACAUAGUUUUAUAAAUAUCUAUCUAAAUAAUAACCAUCUAGUCUAUCUAGAAUUGAUAAUAAUAGUGUUACUGGUUCUGUAACAUCUAAAUUAACAAGAGAUAGAUCUAUGCCUGAUGUUAUUAAUAAUAUGAAAUUACAUUAAUGUCUAGCUGCUCCAAAAAUUGGUAAGUUUUUAGGAUUUGGAAUCAAUUAAAAAUAUAAAUUUUGA